AUGCAUCUGCAGCUCUCAUUACUUCUUCUAUCGCUCCUUUCGGCAACUCCUACUCUCCCUCCUUCUACAACAACCAAUGUUGGUCUUCAGCGAAGAGCCACUGCCACCGAUGAUUACGACCCCCAUAUCACAAUUGACGUUCCCACCAUCUCCAUCAAGCCCUUUAGCCUCAGUCUGUCGCUGGAUCUGCCUUCCAACACCUGCACCCCGACUGUUUCUCCCGAUGCCAACGGCUAUGUUCCUCCUGACCAGUGCAAUGCCCUGUACCAGUACUACCCGUCCUUUGGCGCUGCACUUGCCUUCUCCGUUCUCUUCGGCGUCUUGAUGAUUACCCACUUCAUUCAAGCCACUAUUCACAAGGCAGGGUUUGUUUGGGUUAUCUUGAUGAGCGCGAUCUGGGAGUGUGUAGGGUUCGUCACCCGCACGCUGAGUACGCGCAGUCAGCAGGACACGACUCUUGCCACCAUCACCCAGUUGUUCAUUCUUUUAUCUCCGUUAUGGGUUAAUGCAUUCGAUUACAUGGUUCUAGCUCGAAUGAUCUACUUCUUCGUGCCGGACCGCCGAAUCGGCAUCUUCAAACCCUCCUUGUUAGCUAUGAUCUUCGUCCUUCUGGACCUAGGCUCCUUCGUCAUCCAAGUGAUCGGCGGUAGCAUGGCGGGGCCCGGAGCGGACAAUGCAGCGAUGAUGAAGGGGAUCCAUAUCUACAUGGGCGGAAUCGGAAUCCAGCAGUUCUUCAUUGUUCUUUUCCUCUUCAUCGCCGUCCAGUUCCACCGCCAGAUGCUCCACCUUACAUGCCAGGGUCGACUGGUCGGCCCCAAGGCCCAAUGGCGCGGCUUGCUGUAUGCCCUGUACACGAGUCUGCUGUUCAUCACCGUGCGCAUCAUCUACCGGCUGGUGGAAUUCUCGUCGGGCGACGACGCCUCCAACCCCAUCCCGCGCCAUGAGUGGUACAUGUACGUGUUUGACGCCGUGCCCAUGUGGUUUGCCAUCGUCGUAUGGAACAUCGUCCAUCCCGGGGCGAUCAUCAAGGGACCCAACGCGAAGAUGCCUCCGAGCCCGCUGCGCAAGAUCUGCUGUUGUGCUUGCUGCAGGAAGCCAAAGAAUAAGCACGGUAUGCGGAAGAUACCGGAGAAUGACGAUGCCUUUCGAGAGGAUAUGUUACCGUUGCAUGAGCGGGAUGCUUCUCCUUACAGAAGUUGAUGGCUCAUGCUUGAAGGUCACUUUG